UCGUCUUGCCUAUCACGAUUCACAUCGCGCCUCUGCUAGCUGAGGAGGAUGCUGAACAUGGCAAUUUAAAGCCCGCUCCUGCAGCUUUUUCAUUUUUUGUUUUUAGUUGUGCCUCUUUUUUCCCCUCACCUCGUGAUUUCCUCUCCCUCUAUCUCUCACUACACAGACACAUAUAUUUUUAUUAAGUAGGCCAUUUUUUGGGGGGUUAAACCGCUGGAUUCUGUGACAGCAAACACAUCUCAGGAGCAUUCCUCUUGUUGGCUGGAACCAUGAUUUAUGGAUGCCUGCAGCUCGGUUGUAAUCACAGGCUCGUAACAGUCUCAUCACAGGAGGAGAGAGCGGAGAAUUCUCCUUAACUUUCAGAGGCAUUUUGCAAGAUUCUGCUGCAGCAAAGAGGCACUUGUGUUAAAUUUCCUCUUAAGCGACCGCCCUGCCUCUGGGUGCUGAAGCGGCCAUGUGGAUCAAGGAAGGCGCUCCUUCACUCCUCAUCUGCCUGCUGGCCCUCACAACUCUCUGGAAAACCAGAUCCGUCAAUGCUGAUGCCACAUCGGAUGCCUUUAAAACCAACAUCACCCUGUUCACACGCAUCUUGGACAGACUGCUGGAUGGAUAUGACAACCGUCUGCGGCCCGGUCUUGGAGACAGGGUAACUGAGGUGAAGACCAACAUCUACGUCACCAGCUUUGGACCCGUUUCAGACACAGACAUGGAGUACACUAUAGAUGUUUUCUUCCGGCAAAGCUGGAAGGAUGAGAGGUUGACAUUUCAUGGACCAAUGAACAUUCUGCCUCUCAACAACCUCAUGGCGAGUAAGAUCUGGACCCCAGACACCUUCUUUCAUAACGGAAAAAAAUCUGUGGCUCACAACAUGACCAUGCCGAACAAACUCCUAAGGAUCAAAGACGAUGGGACUCUGCUGUACACCAUGAGGUUAACUGUGCAUGCUGAGUGCCCAAUGCAUCUGGAGGACUUCCCCAUGGACUUUCAUUCCUGUCCACUAAAAUUUGGCAGCUAUGCGUACACAAUCUCAGAAGUCACUUAUGCUUGGACCCGAAAUGCUUCCGACUCGGUUGUGGUGGAGGGGGAGAGCUCUCGCCUAAACCAGUAUGACCUUCUUGGGCAAACUGUCGGUCAAGAAACCAUCAAAUCCAGCACAGGUGAAUACACAGUGAUGACGGCUCAUUUCCAUUUAAAGAGGAAGAUCGGUUACUUCGUCAUCCAGACGUACCUGCCGUGCAUCAUGACCGUCAUCCUUUCCCAGGUGUCUUUCUGGUUGAACAGAGAAUCGGUGCCUGCUAGGACUGUGUUUGGUGUGACCACUGUUCUGACAAUGACAACUCUGAGCAUCAGUGCCAGGAACUCGCUGCCUAAAGUUGCAUACGCCACCGCCAUGGACUGGUUCAUCGCUGUCUGCUACGCCUUCGUCUUCUCCGCUUUGAUUGAGUUUGCCACCGUCAAUUACUUCACAAAGCGAGGCUGGGCUUGGGAUGGAAAGAGUGUCGUGAGCGAGAAGAAAAAGGAGAGGGCGUCUGUCAUGAAGAAGAACAAUGCCUACGCUGUGGCAGUCGCCAACUACGCACCAAACAUUGCCAAGGACUCCAGCACACUUCCCACCAUUGCCAAAGGUGGCGCCAUCGAUCCAAGCAAGCCCAAAUUGGAGGGUAAAGCCCAAGAAAGCAAGAAGACAUUUAACAGCGUUAGCAAAAUUGACAGGAUGUCCCGGAUUAUGUUUCCUGUUCUCUUUGGGACAUUCAACCUGGUCUACUGGGCCACAUACCUAAACAGAGAACCCGUUAUAAAGGAUAUGGUCCCCUCCAAUUAGAGACCAGGUUUUAAUGGCUUCUGGUCAGGGAGCUUUGACAUGAACCAAAUUCCUCCAGCAACUGUGUAAUACCUUUGCAGUCCUGGAUUGCAGUGUGAUCCUCUCUCUCUGCCUGUUUUCUACACUGUCUGCAGCACUUUUGAAAAGCCUGGCUUUUGUAAAUGUGUACGUAUGUUUAUAUUCAUGGUUUCAUGGUGACAUAUAGCGUGUUCACUUUGACUAAAGUGCAUAUAUACUGAAGGUAUGUUUCCAAAUACAGUAUGUGUCCACUGUACGUACAAAUGAAAACACAAAGGAAUUCCAAGUGUGUUGAUUU